AUGGUCCUGAGAAAGGUACAAGACUAUACCAAAGAGCCCGGUGCGGGAAAACUUGGGACCAAUUGGGAAGGUCCCUACCUCGUAACCGAUGUAGUUCGCGAUGGCGUCUACAAGCUCACAAAAGUCAGAAACGGAAUACCUGAACUAAGACCUUGGAACGCGAUGAACCUGAAAAGAUCGGAAGAUCGAGAUCACCUCGAUAUUCCCCUUUCGAACGAAGUGAGGUUCAGAGUCCACCUCUUUACCUUCAAUUUCUUACUUCGCAAAAACCAAUCGAAGUCCGCAGCGUCCAAGCAUCCAGCGUAG